AGAUUCGAUAGAAAAAUAUAUUUAAAUUAUGUUAUUGAUAUCGCGUCACACAUUUUUUCAUUAUUAUUUGUUAGUCGUUGUUUGAGAGCCGUCCGUGUAGGUUGUCAAAAUUAAAAUUGUUCGGAAUUUAAAAAAAAAUAGUGAUUGAAAAUGCAGAAAAAGACAAUUUUUGCGGUGUCAAUUUUCACAAUAGCUGUAAUAUUAGUAGCAUCAAUUGCUGUUUAUUGCUAUAUUCUUGCAAAUCAUACAAGUCUGUUGAAAAUUGACGACGAAAAAGAAGAAUCAAAAAAUGUGUAUGGAAUUGUGAUUGAUGCGGGCUCCACGGGCACUCGAUUACAUGCGUUUGAGUUUGAAAGAAAUGGAACUGAAUUAAAUUUACUGUAUGAAUAUUUUAAACAGGAAAAACCAGGUUUAUCAUCAUUGACACCGCAAGAAGCUAAAGAACAAAUUAAAAAAUUAUUGCGUGAUGUUGAGGAAUUUAUUCCUGAAGAAUUUAGGAAAUCUACUCCUUUAAAAUUAAAAGCUACAGCUGGUUUCAGACUUAUGAAUCCUGAAAGGUCUGAAGAAGUUCUUGAGGCUGUCCGUGAUGUUUUUAAAUCCUCACAAUAUUCGUCAUUAAAAAAUGCAGUCGAAAUUAUUGAUGAAAAUGAAGAGGCAAUAACUUCGUGGUUUUCAAUUAAUUAUUUAAGGAAUUUAUUGACAUCCGAUGAUAAAGUUACUGCACUUGACCUUGGUGGCGGUUCCACACAAGUUGCAUUCGAGAUAGUUGACGAAAUUCCUGAUCACUUAACAGAACAUAUCCAUAAAGUUCUUAAUUUUGACAGUGAAAGUGAACUUUUUGUUAAAAGUUAUCUUGGAUUAGGUUUGAUGGCACUCAGGCAUGCUGUAAUUACAGAAGAAGCUUCAGAAAAUCAAGAAAACGUCGACACUUAUUGCAUUAAUGCAGAAGCUCAUCCAUUUGAGUGGACAUACCAAAAUAUUGUCUAUAAAAUCACACCAAAAUUCACUGACAACUCUACAUUCGAUGAUUGCCUCAUAGCUAUAAGAAAAAUUGUGUCGAAAUUGCUAACGCCAAAGAUCCCAAGUCUACAAGAUCAAAUUAUCAAUGGAUUUUCAUAUUUUUAUGAUCGGUCAGUGGACGCUCGACUGAUAAAAAAGAACGACGAAGGUGAUGAGAUUGAAGUUGAGAAGUUCCGAUUGAAAGCUUUAGAAUAUUGUGAAAAUAAACCAAACAAAGAUCCUUGGCUGUGUCUUGAUUUGACAUUUAUAUCUGUGCUACUUCAAGAUGGAUAUGGAUUGAAGGAUGAUAAGAAAAUAAAGCUUUUUUCAAAAAUUGAUGGCCAUGAAGCAAGUUGGGCACUUGGAAGCUUCUUACAAGAUUAUUUAUCACAAAAGAAGAGACACUGAUGACAGCAGCUUAGUAAAUUAUAGUUUAGGUUAUUAAAUAUUGUUUUCAGAGCCAUAAGUCGAUAAAAUUUUCGACUCGGAGUCGACUUCGCCAUACAAAAUCUAUAAAAAUCUCGAGCUCUGAUUAUUUUAGCAAUUCAAUUCUGUUCAAUUAUCAUUCAUUUUGGUCUAUGCAACCAGCCGAAGUAACCAAAAAAAAAAAUGAGAUUUUAGUUAGCUUUAAAACUGGUUCCAAACUAGCUCUCGGGCAGUUCAAAAAUUAUGUUCAUUUAAAGCAGUGUUGUCAAACCUUUUUUGAGCCACGGCACACCUUAGGUGUAAGCUAUUACCGAAGUC